AUUUGGACCAGGUGAACAUUGGAAGCGGCGUUUUCAACUUCGCUGAGAUCUUACUAAUAUGGCAAAAAAGUCUUACGACGCACUGUUUAAAAUUCUACUCAUUGGAGAUUCUGGUGUUGGCAAAACUUGCCUACUCGUUCGUUAUGUAGAAGAGUCUUUUGUACCAACCUUCAUUUCAACGAUAGGAAUCGAUUUUAAGAUCAAAACAAUUGAGUUAGAAGGAAAGAAAAUAAAGCUUCAGAUAUGGGAUACUGCAGGCCAGGAACGCUUUCAUACGAUUACUUCCUCUUACUAUCGUGGUGCUAUGGGUAUAAUGUUGAUAUACGAUAUUACCAGUCGCCAAACGUUUGAUAACAUCCAGACCUGGAUGAAUAGAACCUUUUCUUUAGCAUCAAAUGAGGUUGAGAAGUUGCUGAUUGCUAAUAAGUGUGACAUGGCGCAUAACCGAGUUGUAUCUUAUGAAGAGGGUUGGCGAAAAGCAGAGGAAUAUGGGGUAAAAAGAAUCCUUCGCUAAUAAUUUUCUAUAGAUUGGUUUUCUGGAAACAAGUGCGAAGUCAUCAACAAAUGUACACAAGGCCUUCGAGGAUUUAACUCGCGCCAUCCUCCAUAACACCUCCAUACGUAGACAUGAGUCAUCUACGGUGACUCAGGUCCACCGGUUAGUCGAACCUCCAAAUUCCAUUUCUGGAACAUGCUGUAGUACAGGAUAGUCCUUCCAGUGAUUAUUUUCCUCACCGUUUUCCUUUCAACUUAUAGUAAUGCUUAUAAAUACAAUGUUACGAUUCAUCAUAAGAUCCAUAUUUUCGGCCGCCAAAAGACAUUCAGAGUUUUAGUUUCUGUCGUAAUUUUGGUUUAAUCUUUGUGUAGAAGUGCUUCUGCCAUACUCUGGAUCUACGAUUUUGCGUUCGGUUGUGAUGAUACACUUGCGCUAGCGUUGAAAUCCUUUGUUAUACAACACUAAAUGUUUUUUCACUUCAUAUGAAACCUACAAAGCCAAUUAGUCACCAUUUACUUUUUAAAUGUAAAUAUGUCUGGAUUCUUAUAUCUGACUUUUUGUCUGCAUAAAACCAUUUAUCUAUGUCUCUCGGCUUUGAGUAUAUGAUUAGUUAUUUUGUUUCAUUUUGUGUUUCUUGGAAUUGUACUAAGAUUGCUUUUAUUUACUGACUUUCCCGUCCAUCAUUCCCUACCUUCAUAAUCCACGUGGUGUAUAUGUUGAUUUUUGGGAGUUGUAAAAGUAAUAUUAAGAGAAUAAUUAAAACCAAGUACUUAUAUAAUCUCACGGUUUAUCGUUUCUUAUACCUAGUUUAGCAUGUCGGUUAUAUAGGGUUACUGAUGUGUACAUAAUACUACAAAGUUUAUGAACUUUAGAACCAUAUCUAGUGCGAAUACAUAUACUGGUCUUAAUUUUCACAUCACAUCGUUACAUCAGUACAAAACUGAAAAGGAAAAAAAAUAUGGAAUUAAAAGUACUUGCGAUCCACACUUACCACUUUCUUCUAGUUACGUUUGAUGGUGUUGACGAAACCCUAAAAACCUUUUGUAUAAAGUUUACUGGCGAAAUGCUUGCAGUAUGACGAUAAGGCGUCUUAUGUCUCUAUGCUUCGAUAACUACCUAGCUUAUACCAUAAAAUUUGAAUGUGUGAAUUUGAGUUCCAAUCUACCUCAGUGUUAAGAUUACAUGCACAACUUUUUACUGAUUGAUGCAAUUCAUAAUCAGAGAUAAAACGCGAUAAACUCGGUUGCUUAGUUGAUGUGAUAAGUAAGUCUGUCUAAAGUUAGUUUUAGUUUCGUUUGCUAUAUUCGUACAUAACUCAUUGGAGUCACUUUUUUAUAUUUUGAAACCGGUGGUUGACUGUGUUCUUUAAAAAGUGAUCUUUUCGUUUGAAAACAUGAUCUUAGGGAUUGUAGGUCAAAAAAUCGUCUAUGAGACUCCUUUUUCACCUUCCACUGUAUGUUAAGAUUUCUAUCUUAUAUGUUUGGAUGAUUCUUACAAAUCGCCUUUACGGUAACCGGCUUUUUAGCAUACUUAGGAAAAGUACUCCCGUAUUGGGAGAUCAUUACUCACUUGAUAAGAUCAUUGAAGUUUAGUGUGUCCUACACCUCAGACCAAGUGCUUUCAAAAUAAUUUGAAUUUGUACUGAAAUAAUUGUAUUUUAACCUUAUCUUAUUAUGUUUGUGUACUGAUGCACUCUUAUAUAAAUGUGGAAGAGCUCUGUGCAACCAAUUUCAAGGUACUUUUCCGGAGGCCUUUGAUAACGGUAUCCUUACUAUCAGGUAGUCUCUUUGUACUAGUUAGUCUAUAUUUUCUGUGUUAAACUUAUAAAUCAUAGCUUUUUGAUCACCGUGAAGUAUGUGGGAAAAAUUUUCUGACGAGGGAUUUGCAGUUCAAUCACCUUAACUUGUAUUUCGGUUUUGAGCACUAAGCAAAGUUUCAUCGAGCUGACACUCGCUAGAUCUUGUUCUGGUUUUUAACAUUGUUAUUUUCUAUUCUGGUAAUAAUGAAGACUAAUAAUUUUGUGACUAUUUUAAAGCUAAUUGUUUUUAAUAAUUGAAAUGAUAUUCUAGUUCUACCAAACAGUACAUCUACAAUUGCAAUGUGUGUAUCCAUGACUUUUCUUUGAUAGAAAUCCUAUCAAAUCUCAGUCUUCUAAACUAUGGGGAAUAAAACUCGGCAUUUCCCUCUCAAUGUGUAUACAUCUAUUCUCGUUGCUUUGUUUGUUACGCCCUUCUUUAUAUUGUAGGAUUUUACCAAACUAGUAUUAACGGUGUUCCUGUUCAACCCUUAGACGUCAGUGUUUGUGUGCUCACAAAUAUGCGGAUAGUUAAGUCGUUAUCAUGCUGAAAUAAUGGUAGAAAUUACAAAGUCGUUCCGACCCAACUGUUGCUGAGGCAGUUUUCUCAUUUUUAUUGGUACUCACCAGGUAAAAUAACUAGAAAUAAAUAAAUACAUAAAUAAAGUAUCUAAAUAAAAUCACAGGUGACUUUGAAUGCAGUAUCAUAAAUAAACACACAUAGUAAAUUAACUAAUCCACUUUAAAAUUGCUAAUAUAGUUACUAUUUGGGCUACUAAUUAAAAUGCCUUAAUAUUAACUGUAAACUAGAGUGGUUUUACCACCAAUAGAAAAUUACGAAACCCGCCCCCCCUUAACUUGUACUAUUACAGCUCUGGUAUUUCUUGAUGGUUUUAUGUUGUUUGAUCUCAUGACUUAAUGAAAUGUGGAGACAUGGGUUCCAUUUCCGAGCAGAUGACUUUUAUCACAAGAACACCUGAUAGAUAACUAAAGGAAUUGGAUAUUUUGCAGGUAAGUUGCUAUCUAUAUCCUACCGUUAUAUGUAUAACUGUUGACAUAAAGAGUUCAUCAUUCGUGUGUGGGCUGUGAUACUGCCCGGGUGCCCAAACAGAAGCAGGUGGUUAUCUUAGGGGGCCACACCCCGAGCCUUUGACCUAAUGGUCUAACCCACAAGGCAGUGGAGCAUCGUAAGGAGAUGCAAUCCCAUGGUAGCCGGUGACCAACGAUUGGUUCAUACGCCAUUUGUUCCCGCAGGAUACUGGAGCCCAUGUGCACCAUUGGUUUGUGAUCCGGUUAAAGCGCCGGACGUUCGCUUUUCGUCCUCUCAUUUUCGUAAACAACACCCCCGCCACGAGAAGGCAAUGAGUAGGACUUCCCUGGCAGAGUCUGUGUACGCGCGGCCGUGUGAGAGUAUUUCGAGAGGGAGAGCGAACUCUCCCCAUUCUCGGCCGUACCAGGGCAUUCGGGGGCGUAUAUAUAUUGGCGCUCUCUUGUACCAAUAUUCAUGUGUUCAAAUAAUAAUAAUAUAAUGUAUAACUGUUGACUUACGUCUCGGCUUUUAUGAAAAGCUUUUCUUAAAUGUCAGUGUAAAUGUUGGGUUGCUCAUAUUUGCUCAUGCCAUUUGAGCUUAGUGGUAAAUGUUGAUUAAAAUCACGUUUAAUAUUAUUUGACAGAUUUGUUCACUUGCACGAAAAUGUGACCGACCGACUAACUAUCAUAAAGUUACUAACCCCGUUUCCUACUUACUGACCUAUGAAGUCCAACUCUUACUCUGAUCAAAUUAUUAACUGAAUAGUGGUUUACAUGUUAAAAUACUCGGUUUCUAAUAAGUAGAUCUUAAAUUCGGUCCCUAUCUCACUUAUGAUGUAAGUACCCAGUUACUAUUACUAGGUUUCAUAUUUAGAGUGUAGUUUGAGUGAAUUACAUGAACAUGUACUUAUUGUAUGAGUUAAACUAGUAAGCUUUAUUCUAGUUUUGUGUCUAGUUGUUAUGGGAAUGGGAGAUGUGUAAUCACUCAUAUAUGUUCAUAGUAUUAAGUGACAUAAUCACUAUGUAUUUAAUUUUUUAACAAGUUCACUGGUUGGAGUGAAAAAUGAAUUUUUCCAACGUUCCUUUUAGUAAGUGAUUGCUUAAAAUUCAUAUUUCUUGUUGUAUUGAAAUGUUUCCGUAAUAAAUAAACAAACAUCUAUAUCAUUAUUUCUUAGUACUUAUAGUGUGGUACUUAUUCAUUUUUUCACUAACUUUUCAUUUGUGAUAUGCUUUAAAACCAAACACACACUUAUAAAUUUUUUUGAGUCUUAAAAUGGUCACGAUCGCUUGACACACUCAACAUUGAAACUUUUUGAUUAAUUUCCUGAAAUUAUUUUUGAUGCAGUUAUCAGUGAUUAGAGACAGUUGAGUUAUUCCAAAGCAUGAGCUAAAUAAAAUAUCUUGUUUUGUGUGUAGAAUGUGUUUCCUUCUAAAUAGGUGAAAAUAAGAACGUCCGUCACUCGAUAAAUACAACUUGGCAUAAAUGUGUAUUAGCUAAAUUUGCCAUGUAACAACAUCGUGGCUGGUGAAAAUUAAAAAAGAUACCAACCAAGGCAACGGAAACGAUAGUAGUUUAUAAUUUUGAAAAUGACUGUGUAGUGAAUAUGGUUUGAAAGGACUGUAUUCACGGAACAAAAAGCAUAAAGUAAUAUUCGAACUCGAAAUCUAGUGGAUUCCAAAGCUUGAAUGCAUCUGUGCCACCACGAUCGAUUUUGAGCUAUAUCAGUUAUAGUCUUCUAAUUUUGAUCCGGAUCACCCCAUCCAUCCAGACUAAGUAGCUUGCACCUUCCUAAAAUAUUGAUCAACAAUGAUUUCAUAAACUGGUAAUCGUUAACCAACACACAUAACAUAGGUUUUAACCACGUUAGUCAAGUAAGAUCCAUAGCCUCGUUAAUUGAUUUCCAAUCCAUACCCUUUACUCUAUGUCUAACUUCAGCAUUGCUCACUUGGUUAUUUCGCCAUACGGUGAAAUGCUCAUGUCCUCAGUCAGUCAGUCAGUAACAACGUAGAACUUCGUACGUACGUACAUCAGUUCGAGUUGCCACAUCACAUUAGCACAGAGAUGCCGUGGUCAAUUCAAAUCCCGUAGUGGUAGAGGUAAUAAGAGUAUAAGCAGUAAUCGGAAAGAUUAGUGUUUGGAGAUGUUACUUAAAGAGUAUAAUACAGUGAAAUAAACUUGGG